AUGUUCCUCUGUGUCAUUGCAACGUUUAUCCUGAUGGAGGCGCUACAACGGCUCUUCGACCCUCCGAACAUCAACACCGACAAGCUUUUGUUCGUCGCCAUCUCCGGGCUGGUCGUCAACUUGUUCGGGAUGUACUCAUUCCACGGCGGCGAUGAUCACGGACAUGGGCAUUCUCACGGCGGUGGUUCGCAUGGGCACAGCCACGCUAAUGCUAAUAUGGAGGGCGUGUUCCUGCACGUUCUUGCCGAUACGCUGGGCUCCGUUUUCGUCAUUAUCUCGACGUUGCUUAUUCAGUGGUUCGGUUGGACUUGGGUCGACCCGUUGUGCUCACUGAUCUUGUCGUUGCUGAUUCUCGGCUCUGUCUAUCCACUUCUCACAUCGUCUAGCAAAACGCUGCUUCAGAACAUCCCUGAUGAGAUCGACGAACGCUUCGAGUAUAAUCUAUCGGAGGUCUUGGAGCUGGACGGCGUCGAGAGCUUCUCCGAGUCGCACUUCUGGCAGUUGAAGAGUGACCUGAACGUCGCCUCCCUACACGUCCAAGUCAAGGAGGAGGCCAAUGCGCAGAUGAUCCGGAAUCGGGUGGUGGCGUUGCUGAAAGCGGCGGGAGCCACGCAGGCUGUUGUCCAAGUUGAGAAGGGGGCAUUCCACCACAUGAUUCAACGGAUCUGCCCUUCCUAUCGAUUACCGCAUCGUGUCCAGAAGGGGUCAUUCAUUCCGAAGGCCAGACAGAACGGCGCCGCUCACGGCCAUUCCCACGACGACCAUGGCCACAGCCACGGCGGUGAUCAUGGCCACUCACACGACGGCGGUUGCAAUUCGCAUGGCCACAGCCAU